AUGGGGGACCCCUCCUUUUCCACUUUGUGCCCUGGAGCGACGAUCGACAUCGUCGUCCUGGUUCGGCAGGUGGGACCUGAAGGUUCCUGUUUGUUGGCUCCUUGGAACGAGGAGACAUGUCGAUGCUCGACCCGUCUGGAGCCAUGUCAGGUCUAUACUCUGUAUGGGGUGGCCUUCCAGGGCUUCUUUGAAGGCGUACCAUUUCUGCAGAUGCAAGACGACUCGUUGGUGAUAAAACGGCCCCAAAGGGAUGAACAUACCUUCGGAAGGAUCGUGGAUGUGUGUGCAGGGAUUGGCGGGAUCACACAAGGGUUUGCAGCCACAGGUGGGCAAGGCAUCUUGGCCCUCGACAGGUUGGCAAUUGCAUGUCAAACCCUGCGCAUGAACGGACAUAACGUGAUUGAAGGUGACAUUGAAAACCGCUCGGUCCGCAUCGAACUGCAUCAGCAAUGUGCGGGAGUCAGCUGCAUCCUGUGUGCAGGGAUGCCGUGCCUUGGGAUUCGAGUUCAGGGCUUGGGUUUGGUUCCUCCGAAGACUGGCAGCCUGUUACGAGCCAUCCUCACUGCAGCUUGGCACCUGCAGACAUAUGGCCUUGUGCUGGAAAGUUCGCAGAUGCUGGACUUGCAUCCAGGACUUUUGGGAAUUCUUCAGUCAUUCGCAGAUAAGGCUGGCUUUCAGUUAGUGCACACUCGCUUGGAGCUUGCCCAUCAGUGGGCGUCCAGGCGGCAUCGCUGGUGGGCUGUGCUGCUGCCGAAGACGCUGCCGGUCUUUCGAUUGCAUACCUGGCCCGCGGCUAUGCCACCUGUCUUAGUUGGGGAUGUGUUGCCUGAGUUGCCCGGGUGGUCUCAGCAAGUUGAAUCGCAGCUGAUCUGGGAUGAUGCCGAGCAGUGUGCCUUCUCAGACUUACUCUCCGACCGAGAGUCCCGCCUUGUGAACCUCAACGCCCAGGCACCUCCCGCCACUCAGUGCAUUGGAUGUCCUUUGCGCCCCUGCCCUUGUGGUAGAAGACCGGCCCAACCAUCGAUGUCCAUGAACGUAAAAGGCCUUGCCUGUCUUGGGGUUCCCGCCCGCACGGGAGAGGGCCCGAGACAUCCUCAUCCUUGUGAGUUGGGCCUGCUGAUUUCCCUUCCAACCUCGGUGCUUCACCUGCCCUGCCUUCGCGCUGCCCUUUGCCUUGUGGGCCAAUCGUCUGCACCACUUCAGGCCCUUUGGAUUGGAGCUAACGUCAAGUACUGGGCUCAAUGCCAAGCUGGGACGCCGCCUGAGAGCCCUUUGGACAUCUUGGCUGCUUUUAAGGCUAACCUUUGCGAGCAGGGAUCAAAACUGGUGGCCUCCACAGCUGCAGCCAUGGGUAGCAUCUGUGUUCAGGAUGGAACAAAGCUUCGAUUGUUUCAGUUUCCAGGAUCAGUUACAGCAUCGGAGCUGUUGGCCGCCGAGCGGGUGCAUGUAGGCCCGGGGUUUUCUCUUUCACUUUGGCAGGCGGAUCGCCCGGUCCCAGGCCAAGAGAUCCUGUCUGAACAACCCGCGGGGCCCACGUACACUCUGCGGGUCAAACGAAAACGUGCUGCCCGCAGUCCGCCCCCGCACAGUGAACCAGCUGGUGGACUGGACAUCGCCCCCGGGGUAGGCUGUUCAGACCUCCUCAUAUGGAGUGGUCUCUCGGAACUUGCGACAACAGCUGGCUCCACACACAUUGUGCCACCAAAGGCUUUGGACACUUUGCUGACCAUGCUGCGCGAUGGAUUUGCGUUUUCUCCUGGUGCUUUUUCCUUUCCAGAGCCCUGCCUCUUGUUGCUGCCUUUUGUUCAAGAGGCGCACUGGACUUUGAUCGCUUUUCGGGUCCAGCUGGGGCUCGCGGCGGCCACGGUGUAUGAUGGCAUCCCAGGCCGGAACACAGCUUCAGCACGACAGCUGACCGAUGCAUUGAGUUUGCUGGGUAAUCUCAAGCUCGAGUCUUUCGUUGAAGCACAUCACUGGACGCAAAAGGAGACACAUUCAUGCGGGGUGCUGCUUCUUGCACAUGCUGCUGCACAUAUUACAGGCCGAGCAGAGAGUAGUCAGCUUGAUCGGGCACGAGCUUUCGUAAGCAGUUUCCCUCCCCACUCGUCUGAGUUGCAGGGCUGCGGUGGCCUUUCGGCAGAUCAGGAGGCUGCAAUUGGCCAAGUGCUGAUUUCCAAAGGUGUCCCGCAGGAGCAGGUCGCUGAGAGGAUCCAAGGUGCGGUCAAAAAGGUAGGGCCUGGACCGUUGGCACAAGCACUUCAACAGAAGAACGUCUGGCAGGCAUUGAAGGCUGUGGCUUCCCGCCCCUCCACACAGUACAAAUGGGUACAACCCGAGGAGCUUCGGCAACACAUUGAGGCCAAGGCGCACAGCAAGCAUGGUACGGAGAUCGGAAAUGCUAAGGCGAAGAAGCAACGUCGGUCCGGUCCGAAGGUGGAAAGUUUGGAUACUCAUGUUUGCAGGCUGAACCUGUUCAAGGACGAGAGCCGUUUCAAGUGGGAAGAGCUGGCGGAGGCCCCCAUCAGGAGCCUGCUGGCCAAUGUCAAGGAGCUGCGAGUCUGCAAGGACCCGGCCUGCAAUCACUCCUGCCAGUGCUUCCAUCCAGCUGUGGAGGAAACGGUUGAUAACCUGUUCUUGGAUAUAUGGGCUCGGAGCUUCUGCAAGCUGAAUGGUGCUCGUACGGCUCCUGUCACUGCUGAGCUUUUCCAGGCCUAUGUGCGGGUCCCGGCCAGUGCCAUCACGCAUCUGCUCAGGCUGGCUGUGCCGGGUUUGUAUUUCGAACCAAGGGCAGCCGACGGCACCGGACCACACCCCUCUUGGGCGGUGGUAUGGCUCCCUGGGGCAUCCGCCCAGCAAGCGCAGCACUCGCUCCGAACAACGGAGAAGGCCAUUGCAUUGGCCCGAUUGGGCACCCGCUACGGGCUUCGCACCAAAGAUGCUGACGAACAAAUCGUUUUUGAGUCGUUGCGCCCGCAGCACCAGUUCGUAAAGGUUCGGAUUAGUGCGAAGUACAGGCUACAUCCACUACCCUUCGGCUUCCAGCGCGCUAGUCUGGUUCAGUUGCUUCAUAAGUGGGGUUGGUGCGCACGCCCCCUGCAACCGGAUCGCGGGGACAGCGUUGGAGCAGCCUGGCUGGUCGGCGCUGCUGGGGAUCCGCCUUCGCAGGCCUUGCCCUUGGGCAGUGACUUCGUGUUGGUGACUAAGCAGAAGGACACCUCCUCUGCACGCCGUGGGCCGCCUGCCCUUUGUGCCUCGGCCAAAACUAGGCGGCGCAUCCUUCUCGAUGAUGACCCCGAUGAGCCCGCUGAGACUCCGAUUGACCCGUGGAGUGAGGGCCCCGAUCCUUGGGCCAAAGCUCGCAGCUCCCAGCAACUUCGACCGGAGCCUGCCGCAUCCUCGCAGGUUGUCUCAAAGCUGCAGACUCUCAGAGAGGACCUGACUCAGGAUCUUCAAGAGGAGGUUCGCAAACAGGUCCAGGCCUUCACUCCUCCACCAGGUCUCACGGCCCAGGACCAACGCAUCAAUGAGCUGGAGGUGGGAAUCAAUGAACUCCGGCACCAGAACACCAAGUUCGAAUCCUGGUUUCAAAGCUUUGGCACUAAGGUCACGGAUCAGGCCUCGCAGAUCGGCCAGCUCACUGCCACGGUGCAAGAGCAGCAAGGGGAGCUGGUAAAGGUUCGCUCGGAGCUUCAAACCACUGUCAAAACCGAGGUCAGCAGCUUGCAGAGUGCCUUGACUAAUCAGAUGUCGGCGCAACUUGCCGGCCAACUGGAGCAGAUUCAGGCUCUUCUUGCGGACAAGAAGCCUCGCAUCAAUUGA